UUUAAAGUAGGGGACAUUAUGAUUGGAGGAAUUUUCCCCAUUUUUAAUAAACAAGAAAAUACAAUUGCCUCUUUUGAGAGAAACAUGCAAAGGAUUAAGUGUACGGGAUUUGACCUACGAGCAUUUCGUUGGAUUCAGUCAAUGAUGUUUGCAGUGGAAGAAAUAAAUAAAAAUGAGGAGUUGCUUCCAAACAUUUCUUUGGGCUAUAAAAUAAUGGAUUCUUGUGCUUCGCCCACGAAUGUUUUACGAGCAGUAUUCUCACUGGUGAGUGAGCGGAAGGAGCAGGAAUUUACAUCUCAGUGUCACCUUCCACUUACAGCUCUUGUUGCUGAAUCAGGAUCUUCACAGUCUUUAGCUGUUGCUGGAACGCUUGGACCAUUUAGAGUGCCGAUGGUAAGUUAUUUUUCAACAUGUGCGUGUCUCAGUAAUAGAAAAAAAUAUCCAUCAUUUUUCCGAACAAUUCCAAGUGACUACUACCAAGCAAAAGCCUUGGCCUCUCUGGUAAAACGGUUUGGAUGGACUUGGAUUGGAGCUUUGCAGUCUGACAAUGAUUAUGGGAGAAACGGGAUUUCAGCUUUCACAAAGGAAGUGGAAAAAAUGGGAGUUUGCAUUGCAUUUGUUGGCACAAUAUUAAGAACAUAUCCCCAAAGUAAAAUCACUGAAGUGGUAGAAAUGAUCAAAGAAUCGACAGUAAAAGUCAUACUGGCAUUUGUGCCAGAGGGAGAUCUCUAUCCUCUAAUGAAAGAAGUUGUGAACCGGAAAAUCACAGGAAUCCAGUGGAUUGCAAGUGAAGCCUGGGUAACAGCAGCAAGACCAUCUACCCCUGAAAUGUUCAAGUCAUUUGGAGGCACUGUAGGAUUUGUGGUACGAAAGAUGGCUAUGUUAAAACUAAGACCUUACCUGGAAAACAUCAGUCCCUACUCUCCUACACAAUCGGCUUUCAUCAGUGACUUCUGGGAAACAGUUGUUGGCUGUAAACCAUGUCUGAACUGUGAGCCAUCUGCAAAUACUACUCUUAAUGGCCAAAUGUGCACAGGACAAGAAAAACUAACCUUCACAGACAAAUUUUUCGAUGUAACACAAGUAAGAGUGACAUAUAAUGUGUAUCAAGCUGUGUAUGCAGUUGCACAUGCAAUUCACAAAGUGCUUUAUUGCCAAAAGGAUAACACCUAAACUGGUGAGCAAGUCAGCGAUCAGUUAGAAAGAGUGAAUUUUAUAGAUGAAUAUGGAGAAAAUGUGUUCUUUGAUGAGAAUGGAGACCCACCUGCAUCAUAUGAGCUCAUAAACUGGCAGCUAAAUCAAGGAGAGGUGCAACAUGUGACUGUGGGCUACUUUAGCAAAUCUACAGAUGGAACAUAUAAACUUGCAAUUAAAGACGAUUACGUCCACUGGAACACAGGAAAUUUGAUACCCAAAGCAGUGUGCUCAGACACCUGCCCAAAAGGCACAAGGAAAGCACAAAUAAAAGGUCGGCCUGUUUGCUGCUUUGACUGCGUCCCAUGUGCUGAUGGUUCAAUAUCUAAUACAACUGGAGCAGCAGACUGCACUCUUUGUCCUGAAGAAUACUGGUCAAAUGAGAGACGGGACAAGUGUCUUGUGAAAAAAACUGAGUUUCUGUUGUAUACAGAAACAAUGGGAAUCAUUCUGACUGCUCUAUCGCUAUUUGGAGCCAGUCUUACUGUUGCAACUAUGAUUGUCUUCUUAUGCUAUAGAGAAACACCUAUAGUGAAAGCUAACAACUCAGAGCUGAGCUCACUAUUACUUGCUUCACUGUUCUUUUGUUUCCUUUGUCCUCUAACAUUCAUUGGUGAGCCGACACAUUGGUCAUGUAUGCUACGUCAUACAGCUUUUGGGCUUACUUUUGCCCUCUGCAUUUCUUGUGUUUUGGGGAAAACCAUAGUAGUUGUCACAGCUUUCAGAGCCACGUUACCAGGAAAUAAAUUGUCUGGUAAGUUUGGGCCAGUAAAACAAAGAGCCAUUGUGUUCUCAUGCACUGUAAUUCAAAUAGUGAUCUGUGCUUUAUGGCUUCUAAUAAAGCCACCAUUUCCUGACAAGGCCCUCAAGUAUGACCAUAAAAAAAUAAUUUUAGAGUGUAACACAGGCUCGAAUGCUGGAUUUUAUGCAGCUUUAGGAUAUGUUGGCCUUCUGUCAACAAUCUGUUUGAUUUUAGCAUUUUUAGGAAGAAAACUUCCUGAUAAUUUUAAUGAGGCCAAAUUCAUCUCAUUCAGUAUGCUCAUAUUUUGUGCUGUUUGGGUAACAUUUAUACCUGCAUAUAUUAGUUCACCUGGCAAGUACACUGUUGCGGUGGAGAUUUUUGCCAUCUUGUCAUCUGCCUUUGGAUUAUUGUUAUGUAUAUUUGCACCAAAAUGUUUCAUUAUUCUAACUAAACCAGAGAGAAAUACUAGAAAACAUGUCAUGGGGAAAUCAAAAGCUAGCCUUUGA